AUGACAGAAAGAGGAGAAGCGGAGACGGUAUGCACUCUGCUGGCCUGGGCAUUAAGAGAAGCGGACUACAGAACAACAGCACAGGAGACGCUCACUGGCAUCACCACACGGCCUGAGGGGACCAGUACACGCAACAAACAGACCUACAGAGAACAGCCAACAGCAGCAGCAUUAGCAGCCUUUACGUCCCCGGCAAGUGCCAGUUGCGUGUUCUGUGGACAGAGUCAUGAGACUGCCAGGUGCUCUGUCGUUACAAACACAGAGAAGCGGAAGGACAUAGUUAAGAGCAACGGAAGGUGCUUUCUGUGUCUGAAACCGAACCACAUAAUCCGUCACUGUCAGUCGAAGUUGAAAUGCGCCAAGUGCCAACGUCGACACCACACUACCCUGUGUGACUCAACAUCUGACAGGCCAUCACCUGUGACACCACCCACGUUGCGCUAUGAAAAGAAGCCGGCCGCUAACAACCAGUCUAGGGCAGCAUCGGCUCCAAGCAAGAAGGGACUGACCAAUCCAUCCGCCAGCAGCGUUACACUGUCGUCUGUCAGUGCUCUGACAUCAUCUAGCAAAGACAACAGUAUGGUUUUGCUGCAGACCGCUAAAGCUAUGGUUGCACCAGGCAUACCUGUCCGAGACACCGGGAUCCCUGUGAGAGUGUUGUUCGACGGAGGGAGCCAGCGCUCAUUCGUGACACGUGAUGUGCAAAGGCGGCUGGACCUAAAGACAGACAGGCAGGAAGGCUUGAAUGUCAAUGCCUUCGGUGAUUGCUCUGUUGGGGACAGCGGUUUAAGAGACGUGGUGAAUCGGACCGUACAGAGUACGGAGGGAGACCCCCUGCAGCUGGAGUGUAUCGUGAUUGAAUCAAUUUGCGCACCAGUCCAGAACCAGCACCCUGCACAAGCAGUCCAGUGCUGCGGUGCGCUACAAGGCCUCACACUGGCAGACGACUGCGACGGCACAGCCACAAUCGAUCUAUUGAUUGGAGCCGACCAGUACUGGCAAUUUAUGAUGGGCAAGACGAUCACGACGGCCUCUGGUCCGACAGCCAUCCGUACGCGUCUUGGCUGGGUCUUGUCUGGUCCUGCAUCAGGCCCAACAACUAGUACGACAGGUACAUGCCUCGCUACUGAGGUGCACAGCUUAACGACGACAGCGCAGGUCCUUGAUCAGCAGCUUCAACAAUCCUGGGAGCUGGAGUCUCUUGGGAUACAUCCAAUAACGGAGAAUCAAGUCCGCCAUGCAACGCUACCCGACAACUUCCGAAUCAGCAAUAUCGAGGAAGUCAAGAGCCCGGAAUUUGGUGAUGUGAGAGAUAUACACUAUGUGCCACAUCAAGCCGUUGGUGGAGAAGAUAGGACCACGACAAGAGUGCGUGUUGUGUACGAUGCGUCAUUCCGCUCAGGCAAGGGCCCGUCGAUCAACGUCUGCCUCAACGCGGGACCCUAUCUACUGGAGAAGCCCCAUCUGCUUGAGAAGCCCCCCUGGUGGGGCGGGUUCUUUGAGAGAAUGGUGAGAUGCGUCAAGCGUUGUCUUAAGAAGAUCAUACACCUCUGA